UCGUGAUUAUAAUCGAACAUUGUAGUUCUCUGCAGUCAGGUUUGUUGCUCGUCGUACGUGCUUCCCCAAAUUAACAUUAUCGCAACUGACAAUUGAGUCGUAAACUUAAUUAGAAAUUGAUGACGUUCAGUUAUUGGUUAUUCUCUUAAUAGUCCUGGAAACACAGCUGCUUGUAGAAACAGGUAAAAAUACAUUCAUGGCAAUGAAUAUUACCUGAUGAUCAUGAUGGGUCAAUUUGAAUUUAUAAGGAUUUCAAAGUUCCUUCCUUCAACGAAUUUCUGUGCAGCUCGCAUUUAUUAUAGAAAAGUUAACUCAGUAAAACAGAAAGAGAAAACAAUUUACAAUCGAAUAUUUAACAACAUUCAAGCGAUGAAAAGAUGAAACAGAGUUCGUGCAUUAAAGUUUGCUCAAAUGUUGUGUCAUCUAUGAUAUUAUAACCUGUCACAGGCUAUAUCUGAAGUUUCUCGCACGUACAUGGAAUAUUCUCAUGAAAUACUUGUGUCAUUUCUGCGUUAUCUGAAAACUUUUUGUUAACGUUUAGGCGUGUUAAUGGUCUAAUCUAUGAUCGUUGUCAGAUUUGCAUUGAACAGAUAAAGCAUCAAUUAGAAAUGAAGUGUCCAUAACUUACAGAGCUUCUGGCUUCCGAAGAGGUCUUAGAAGGAGUUGUUCAGAAAAGGAACCAUUCAUUUGACGAGUGCCGGUGCAAUUUAAUCUAAAUCUAAAGAUGAACUCAACACCGUCGGCAAAUGGAAGCGAAGCAGAGACCGCCUCUGGUAUUUUAGUCGUUGGUUUUAAUUUACUUAUCUUCGUGAUUCUCGAUUACAUUCUAGGUACAAUAAUCAUGGUCACAAAUGGCUUCCUGUUCUUCACAUUUUGUCGCGAUCCCUGUCGUUGUUUGCGGACCCCGUCUGUGUUCCUCAUCGCCAGUCUUUCAGUCGCGGAUUUUUUCGUCGGUCUUGUGAGCUUUCUGAGAGGUGCUGAGUUAACUUACUUCUACCGUGGUUUGGGAGACCUGCUCGUUCUAAAUCUAAUUGAGUAUUUUAUCGGAGCUGUUUCUAUUCUCGCAGCUGUUUGCACUCUUAUGGCGAUGUCGUAUGAACGUUAUGUAGCAGUGAUCAAACCUUUUCAAUAUCCACAGAAAAUAACCAACAAAAAGGCCAAGAUUGCUAUUGCAGUAACCUGGAUAAAUGGAUUAAUCAUGUCUGUCCUUCCCAUUGCUGAAGUCAAAAGAAAGAAUUUUCUGUUAGCUUAUGGCUACUCUCAUUUCGUAAUACCAUCGUUUAUUCUAACAGCAGUUUAUGUGAAAAUUUACCGAGCGAUCUUCCGUCAAAGCAAGGAACUUAGAAAUGUUCGCGCCAGUCUCACAGCGGCCAACAGAAGGCAGCAACUCGAGAGAGAGAACAGAAUGGUUAUAACUUUUGUGUUGAUCCUUUUCGUGUUUUUCCUUUCAUUUAUACCUUAUUUUAUCCAUGUGCAGAUUUUGUAUUUUUGUUCCUGUCGGAACACGUAUUCGUACAAAGUAUAUUACUUCGUUGCGAACGAAUUUCUCUCCGUAAGUUCCAUUAUCAAUCCUUUCAUGUAUGCUUGGAGACUUCCAAGGUUCGGCCAGUCGUUACGUUCAUGGUUUCGACACAGGCGACUAACGAGAAAUGUCGUGGUGGCGUGGGACGGAGCGAAAUGCAACUAAAACCCGAUGAUUGGCUGAUAAGGAAGGUUGACAUGGAACACGAAUACGUCAUUGCAUAAUGUUUAGGACACCGAUUGUGGGUGUCGAACGUCAAAACGAAGUACUCACAACAGCCAAUCAAAACACUGUUAAACAUUUCAAAGAGCAAUAAAAACACUGUUUAACAUUACAGAGAGCCGAUUAGAACUCAAAGUAAAAACGAGCAAACAGCUUAAGCUGUAGCAGUGCAGUGGCAUUUUUUUUGUUCUGUUGAUUACUUGCAGUCUUUUCAUUAUGCUGGAUCGGAGUUCAUCCUUG